CUCUUACCGCCCAGAUAUAUCUUUAAUCACUUCUUAGCAACUUGACUCCGUCUCAAAUUAGGCCACUGCCAGAGCUCCAAGGACUGGCCCGGGAAAUUAACGAUCAAAAUACAGAAUAACAACGACGACGAACCACGACAACAACAUCCAUAUCGUUAAUCAUGGACGACAAAGGCGGCUUCCAAGAGCCUCGCUACCUCGAGUUUGUCCGCUCGUCCUCACCAACUGGAUUCGAUGGCAAACCAAAACUCAACCGUUACUCAACUCAUCUAACCCGUGGUCAUGACUUCCCCGGUGCUCAAGCUAUGUUGUUUGCCGCUGGCAUUCCCGAUCGAGAGGCCAUGCAGAAUGCUCCUCACGUUGGAAUUGCCAGUGUGUGGUGGGAAGGGAAUCCAUGCAACAUGCACCUUCUCGACCUCGGAAAAGAAGUUAAAAAGGCCGUCCAGGCUCGUGGAAUGCUUGCCUGGCAGUAUAACACCGUCGGCGUCAGUGAUGCUAUCACCAUGGGCAACCAGGGGAUGAGGUUUAGUCUGCAAACUCGAGAGAUCAUCGCCGACUCUAUCGAAACCGUCACUUGUGCUCAGGCACAUGAUGCCAACAUCACCAUCCCAGGUUGCGACAAGAAUAUGCCGGGAGCAAUCAUGGGAAUGGCCAGACACAACCGUCCUAGUCUGAUGAUCUACGGUGGUACCAUCGACAAAGGCUACAGCAAGUUACUUCGCAAACCAGUCAAUGUCGCCACAUGUUAUGAAGCUUUCGGUGCAUACCAAUACGACACUCUAAAACAGCCCACAGAUGACGGUGGCGACACUUCCAAGACAAAGGAUGAAAUCAUGGACGAUUUAGAAAAACACGCAUGUCCAGGCGCUGGUGCCUGUGGGGGAAUGUACACCGCCAACACAAUGGCCACCGCCAUCGAGACCAUGGGUCUCACCUUGCCUGGUUCUAGCUCUUCGCCGGCAACAUCCCCUGCCAAGUUACGAGAAUGUGCAAAAGCUGCAGAUGUCAUCAAGACUUGUCUUGAGCUCGAUAUCACUCCAAAGAAACUCCUCACUAAACGUUCAUUUGAGAAUGCCCUCGUCAUCACAAUGGCAUUAGGUGGCAGCACCAACGCAGUCCUUCACUUCCUUGCAAUGGCCGUCACUGCUGGCGUUCCGUUGACGUUAGACGACUUUCAAAGAGUCAGCAACAAGAUCCCAUUCCUAGCUGAUCUCGCGCCUUCAGGACAAUUCUACAUGGCAGACCUCUACGAGAUCGGAGGUGUGCCUAGUGUACAGAAAUUCUUAAUCGCAGCAGGUCUGCUUGAUGGCGGUAUUCCGACCGUGACCGGGAAAACACUGGCUGAGAAUGUCGCCAACUGGCCAAGUCUGCCUCAAGACCAGGUAAUCAUCAAGAGUCUCGCAUCGCCCAUCAAAUCAUCAGGACAUAUCCAGAUUUUGAGGGGUAACUUUGCUCCUGCGGGCGCAGUCGCCAAAAUCACUGGAAAAGAAGGAUUGAAAUUCGUGGGCAAAGCAAGGACAUUUGACAAGGAAGUCAAACUGAAUGAAGCUCUAAACCGAGGCGAAAUCCCACGUGGUGAAAACCUCGUCCUUAUUGUCCGAUACGAAGGACCUAAAGGUGGUCCUGGAAUGCCGGAACAACUCAAAGCCAGUGCUGCGAUUAUGGGUGCCAAACUCACUAAUAUCGCAUUGGUGACCGACGGUCGGUAUUCUGGGGCAAGCCACGGGUUUAUUGUUGGCCACGUCACACCAGAAGCCGCAGUCGGAGGACCUAUUGCUCUAGUGGAAGAUGGAGAUGAGAUUACCAUCGAUGCCCAAACCAACUCGAUCAGUAUGAAUGUCAGUGAUGAAGAGCUCGAGGCUAGAAGGAAGAAAUGGUCGCCUCCACGAAUGGUGGUAACUAGAGGUGCUCUGGCCAAAUAUGCGGCCUUGGUCAGUGAUGCGAGCCAUGGUGCCGUGACUGAUUUGUUUUGAUAUAGUAAGUAGCGGUAUCUUGUAGUUAUCCCC